CUGGGCUUCCAGAUACAAAUCUAUUUCUUUUCAAAUUUGUGGGCCCAGCACUGGAUUUUCAAUUCCAAAACUCCCAAAUCCGUUCAUCUUUGUAUAUCAGUCAUUCGGUUCAACUGUUCAUGGCGUCAAAUUGAUUCUACUGGAUUUUGUGUAUAGGUUCUUUGGAUUUUGUAGUUUGUAAAAAAAGAUGACACUAGUAAAGGAGCUAAUGGAAGCUAUUCAUUUUGCUUGCACCUUCUCAUUUUGGAGAAUGGGUAUUCUAUGGACGUUCGCGCUUUUAUAUUCCUAUAUAAAGUUGCGCACUCAAAACAUAUUCACCCGGAAAAAAACUACAUACCACCGGUCUGCUGUUUCACCUUUGCCUCCAAUGGCAUCAUCGUCAACAUCAGGCAAGACAUUUGGCAGACGUCUACCGAUCUGCAUCAUCACUGGUGGAACAUCGGGUUUGGGUGCUGCAGCCGCGUUAGCUCUUUUAAAGGAAGGCUUCUUUGUUGUUCUUGCUGGAAGAUCUUCCCAUAAGCUAUCGAAGGUUAUUUCUGACAUCAGAAGGAAGAACAAAGAAGCGCAUCUAGAAGGUUUUAAGGUUGACUUGUCAUCCUUCUCAUCGAUAAUGAAAUUCAAAAACUCACUUGAAAAGUGGCUUUUGGACUCCGAUAUGCAUCAAUCAGUUCAGCUCCUAAUAAAUAAUGCUGGUAUACUGGCAACUACGAGUCAACUCACUAAUGAUGGUCAUGAGAGGAUGAUGGGAACUAAUUACAUCGGGCCAUUCUCUCUGACACAAGUUUUACUCCCGCUUCUAAAGAACAGUCCGGUACCUUCACGUAUUGUUAACGUCUCAUCCUUUACACAUAGAAAUGUUUCAAGCUUUCGGCCCGAUCAGGAGACUGUUUCCGGAAGGAGCUUUUCAGAAUAUAAAAACUACCCUUGUGCAGAGAUCUAUGAGUACUCUAAAUUAUGUGUUUUGCUAUUCUCAUAUGAGCUCCAUCGACAACUUCACCUCACAGACGGGUCUCAACCAGUCUCAGUAAUGGCUGUGGACCCCGGGGCAGUGAAAACCAACAUUAUGCGAGAACUACCGUGGUUUAUUUCACAGGCUGCUUUUGCUUCCCUGUGGUUUUUGGGCCUUUUGCAGUCACGUAGGGUUGGUGUCUCUUCGACUCUUGAUGCCGCCCUUGCUCCGCCAGAAACGUCCGGUUUAUACUUUUUUGGCGGGAACGGUAGGACUGUUGAUUCGUCUGCGCUAUCUUACAAUAUCAAGCUUUCGAGAGAACUUUGGGCUACGUCUUGUGAUAUCUUCCAAGAUUCUCUGCUGAUUUACAAUAGAGAUUCUGUUUCUAGUGAGAAGGCUGAUUAACAGUUUAACACCCAAAACCGGUGACCCUUCUGUAUCUAGAAAAGAAAAACGUGUUUUUGGUAUUAUAAAGUGUGUUUAUGGUUCAUUUACCUGCUGGUAAUUUUCGACCGUUGGGGGGGUUCAUAAAAAUCUUUGAAACUGGCUGAACCGUCCAAUCCAAAAGCAAUUUAGAUUGGUUGAGAUUGUUAUGGUUAUGUUCACGGUUCCGUCCGAA